AUGCAGAAUCCUUUAACAUUUUCUGCAGGUGGUGUUUUUUUGCAUGCUAAUCCUGCAGAGAAACAUUGUGUCCAACAAAGUAUGCUGGGUCAGCAAAAACAAGAAACUUGUGCUGGAAAGACAGUAUCCACAGAUAAACACAAAUCCCCUUCGGAUAUAAUACGAAGUUUUCAGAAGAAAAGUCAGUUUAGGACCAUUGCUCCAAAAAUGGUACCAAAAAUUUUAACAUCCGGAGUGGUUUCUUGUCUUCAGUCAUCUUUGCCUGAGCAAAAUACACCGAUUUCAGCUGCAGGUUCUAAACCACUGGUGGUACCAACUCAAAACUAUGCAGUCAUGCAGGUGGCUGGUCACGAGGGGACUUUUUCUCUGGUGGCCUUGCCGUAUGUUGCCCCUGCGCUAACACAGCAAAUCCAGCAGUCAAAUGCGGCCCCUUCUGAAAACCUAAAGCUGCCUAUCCCCAGGUACCAGUCUGUAAGAAAUAAAUUUCUGAGUGACAAAAAAAUGGCACAAAUCUCUGGUUUGGGUGCACAUAACAGGAUUCCUACCAAAGCAUCGAUCUCAUCACAGACUUCCCCCAUGACUACUUUAACUGAAGACUGCCCUGAAACUCAUUCUAGUUCAGACUCAGCAGAGCGAGUGAUGCUAACAGACCGUGACUCAGCUGAAAUUGCAGUUGCCACAUUAGUAAAUAAAGGCAAGUGUGUGGAAUCUGGAUCACCUUUAGUGAACAAAACUGGAAUUGCUAACGGUAAUGUUUCUAGAUCAUCUGUAGAUAAAGACUCUUCAUCCAAGCCAGCAAAUACAAUUAAUCCCAUGAAGCUAAGUCUACGCUCUGUGAAGACAGCAUCAGAAACCACAAGAGAGUCAUUCAUAACAUUUGAGAAACUAAAGGAAAAACCCACAAAUUCUGCAAAUUCUGUUGCGGUCCUGUCACCAGCAGUUUUUGGCAGUACAAUACAGAUGAAUCCAUCAGCACCAAAAGGAAAACUUCCUAUUUUGCCUUACUCAAGGAUGAAAAAUCCGGUGUUCUGUAAAUCUAAGCAGAAUACUAAUGUUACAAAUGUAUCUGGUCCUUCACUAAGAUCUGAAUGUGAAAAGAUACCAGCUUUGGCGAAAACCUUUCAUGUUCCUACUAAAGCAUCCGAUAAGCGAUUAGCUGUAUCAUUUACACAAGUCCCCAAACAAACCAUUCGAGAAAAAGUGGAUGUUGAGAGUCUUAAAAAAUUGAACAGUGCAGCCUCUAAAAGAAGAGGCAGAAAAAGGAGAGCCCCAGAUGAUUUAUUGGCUUUUCAGACCAAGCGAAGGAAAUGCAUCAUUAAUAAGUUUAGAGAAGGAAGAGAGAGGGCGAAAGUUGAUCUUCAGCCACCUGAAAACAAAAAAGCAGAGGCGGUGAAAAAAUACCGUAGUAUUAGACCAAAACCAGUGGUAGUUGUGCAGGCUUUUACACCACUGACUUCUGCAGCAGUCGCAGAGACACCGUCUUCUGACCAUUUAGACCAAGAUACUUUUUUAAAUAGUUCACUUCCCAAUAAAUAUUUAAGUUACAAGCAUAGUGAUGCUACAUCAGCUAAAUCAAGUGAUUUAAGUAGAAAUGCAUGUUUAACCGUACCUAAGCCAUUGCAUAAAUGUCACAUUUGUAACCAUAUCUUCCAAUUUAAACACCAUCUUCAGGACCAUAUGAACACACAUACAAACAAACGACCUUACAGCUGUCGAAUUUGCCGGAAAGCGUAUAUUCACUCUGGAAGCCUGAGCACGCAUAUGAAACUUCAUCACAAUGAAGGCAAACCCAAAAAACUUGUGUGUUGUGAGUUCUGUGCUAAAGUUUUUGGCCAUGCAAAAGUGUAUUUUGGUCACCUAAGAGAAGUACACAGGGUAGUUAUCAGCACAGAGCCCUCUACAAGUGAGCAACAGCUGCAAGAUGCGUUAAAGAAGAGGGACACGAAUAUAAAAGAAGGAGAAGAAGCAACGGAGAGGGGAAAUAAAUGCAAUUUUGAGGACCUGUUCCAUAACCCAGGAGAAGUGAAAUUACAGAUCAAAUGUGGUCGAUGCCAGUUUAUUGCACAGUCUUUUGGUGAAAUGAAGUUUCACUUACUGUGCUGUCAUGGAGAAGAGAUCCAGGGAAGAGUAAAGGAAGGGGUUUUGCAAGGAAGUAAAGGAGCUAAGGGAGAACUGAUCAAACAUGCAACCCACUUCUGGAAACAGCGCAAUGAGAGAAGACAUUUAGCAAAAUGCAGUGCCCAUGACGAGGAGUUUUAUACUUUUCCAAAACUGAAAAGACAGGUAUAUUUUCACCAUCAAAGUAAUGUCGAUAUGUUAUCUAAAAGUGAACUGACUCAGUCAGGAAGUGGUGAAGCAGCCAAGGAGAUGCAAAAUGUAGGUUUUGGUACACCAAGCAAAAAAAUUGAAAUUUGGUCUAAAGCGGGCUAUAACUGCAUUUUAUGCAAACAGUUAUUUGGAAGAAAGGAGGAUCUUUGUAAUCAUUGGCAGAGUCAUCAUAACUGUGAAGACCCUUCCACUUUAUGGACAAUUUUUAGUUUGCUAUCAAAACAAGGAAUUAUUGAACUUUCUAAUAAUGGUGAAUAUUGAAGCUCAAUUCUACAAUGCUGUGAAAAACAUCAACUACAUUACCAAAUUGUUUAUGUUUUUUUGGUAUGUUGCUAAACUA